CGAGGCGUAGCGAGGUCAGUCGGUCAGUCGGCGCUGUUCAAGGAGUGCUUACUGUGGGCAGAGCACUGUGCCGACAGCUCGGACUCGGGCGAGUGACUCGCCCGAGUCCACACGGCAGGCAAGGGGCGGAGUGGGGGGGUUAAAAUUCAGAGCCUACCGACUCCUACUGCUUCUGCUCGGUGACCGUUAAGAAGUCCCAGGCCUCGUCUGCCCCACGUACUCGCACUUUGGGGAUUUUAGGAGAAUUCUUAGCCCGCACUGAAUCUUCUUGGGGAUUCGUCUCAUCUGUAGUCACCCGCCGCUCGGUGGAGAAAAGUCACGGUGUUGGAUGGGAGCGGGGAGGACCGCGAAGACGUAAGCCCGAUCGAUGUUUAAUUUCACACACGGUAGCGUCGAGGCCCGAUCGAAAGGAGCAGGCGACGGAAUCGACCUCGAGACUUCCCCUUUAGUUAUCUCUCCGGAGGAUGCCAAGCGGGACAACCCCUCACCGCGGAGGUUCUCCGGCCGGGGCCCGUUCCGACGGCCGGGAUCUCGCCGCCGCCGAAGAGACGGCCGGCGGGCAGGACGGCGUCGGCUCCCGCGUCCCGGACGCCGGGCCGUCGACGUCCACGGCCGUCGUUCCUCCCGGGGCCCCGAGGGAGGGGCAGUCGCCGUUGCGGAUCGACCGACGGGAGAUCCAGUCGGUGGAGCGGAGCGCCCAGGCCUUGGAACUCAGAGGUCUGGGAGUCGACGUGUACGAUCAGGAUGUCUUGGAGCGCGGCCUGCUUCGGCAGGUGGAUUUCGCCGUCGGCCAAGCCACCGGGGCGGCUCGGGCGGCCCACGCGGAAAAGGAGUACCGGUCCGUUUUGGACGAUCUCAGAUCCCGUUCGACAUCUCUAAGGCGGAUCAAUGCAGUUACUGAACAGCUUACCCCUCGAGCUCCCGACGACAAAGACGUCGACAGAAGACUCGAUUCGGCGAAACGGCAGAACUAUAACAAGGAACGGCAAUUAAGGAAGAUCGGGGCCAAACGGAAACGUCUCCUGGCAGUCCUCGGCGGAACGGAGAUUGACGUUGCAGCGAUUGAGGAUCCGGAAGCCGCCGAAGAGCCUGGACCGUCCACCCUGGGAAGUAUGCUCAUGCCCGCCCAGGAGAGCGAAUGGGAAGAACUCAUUCGGACCGGUCAGAUGACCCCGUUUGGCACCCAAAUCCCCCAGAAACAAGAGAGAAAGCCGCGCAAGUUAAUGCUUAACGAAGCAGCGGACUUUGAGAAAUAUUUGGCGGAUCAAGCCCAGCUGUCAUUUGAAAGGAAGAGGCCGGCCCUUCGGAAAAGAGCCAGAGAGAAAAGGCAGGCCCCCGCGGGAGAUUCGGAGACGGUUUCGCCGGCAGAGAAAGGCGGGAACGAGAGAAGGGCGACCCCGUCCAAAACGGAGAGGACUCUGAAAAAGCACCUCGAGAAGCUCCAGCGCCGGGCCGUCCGAUGUCAGGGCAAGGUGGGGCUGCCGAGGCGACGGAAAUCCCGGGAGCCCCCGAGGAAGUCCAAGAGCGAGCGGAGCGACGGGAGCGAGGAGUCGGAUUAUGGAGCCGGGGACGGGCCCUUCGUCCCCGAAGACGGCGAGGAGGAAGAAGAGCGUCGCCUCUCCGACGCCUCCCGGAGCCCCGGCGACGAGCCGCCGCCUUGGUCCCGGAGCAGAAAACGGAAGGAGGUUCCAGCGGACGACUCGGACGAUCUCUUUUCGCCGGGUUCCGGGGAAGAAGGCGGCGGAGGAAGGAUUCCCAAAAUAAAGCGGUGCCGAGAUGAUGGCGAUGAAGGUUAUUAUAAGCAGCGGUUAAGGAGGUGGAACGGUCGGCGGCUGAAGGAAAAAGAGGAGCGGCGGGUAGCCGAAGACGAUACCGAGGAAAGCGAUGCGGAGUUUGACGAAGGUUUUAGAGUGCCGGGUUUUCUAUUCAAAAAGCUUUUUAAGUACCAGCAGACAGGUGUUAGGUGGCUGUGGGAAUUGCACUGCCAGCAGGCAGGAGGAAUUCUGGGAGACGAGAUGGGAUUGGGCAAGACCAUCCAGAUAAUUGCCUUCUUGGCAGGUCUGAGCUACAGCAAGAUCAGGACGCGCGGUUCAAAUUACAGGUUCAAGGGAUUGGGCCCAACUGUGAUUGUGUGUCCAACCACAGUAAUGCAUCAGUGGGUGAAAGAAUUUCACACUUGGUGGCCUCCGUUUAGAGUUGCGAUUCUACACGAUACUGGCUCAUACACAAACAAAAAGGUGAAACUGAUUCAUGAAAUUGCAGGAUGUCAAGGAAUUUUGAUCACUUCCUAUUCGUACAUUCGGUUGAUGCAGGAUAACAUCAACAACUACGACUGGCACUAUGUGAUCUUGGACGAAGGGCACAAAAUCCGAAAUCCGAACGCUGCAGUUACGCUGGCUUGCAAACAGUUUCGAACUCCACAUCGGAUUAUCUUGUCCGGUUCUCCUAUGCAAAAUAACCUCAGGGAGCUGUGGUCUCUAUUUGACUUUGUCUUUCCGGGAAAAUUGGGAACCCUGCCGGUCUUCAUGGAGCAAUUUUCUGUUCCGAUUACCAUGGGAGGGUAUUCUAAUGCAUCCCCUGUUCAGGUAAAAACAGCUUAUAAAUGUGCGUGUGUUUUGCGAGACACCAUAAACCCUUAUCUCCUGCGGAGAAUGAAGGCAGAUGUAAAAAUGAGCCUUUCACUGCCGGAUAAAAAUGAACAGGUCCUGUUUUGUCGACUGACGGCAGAGCAGCGUGAAGUCUAUCAAAAUUUCAUCGACUCCAAAGAAGUGUACAGCAUUCUAAGUGGAGAAAUGCAGAUUUUCCCAGGACUCAUGGCCUUAAGGAAGAUGUGCAACCACCCCGAUCUCUUCUCUGGGGGGCCCAAGAUCCUCAAAAACGUUCCAGACGAUGAAUUAGAGGAAGAAGAUCAAUUUGGAUACUGGAAGCGGUCUGGCAAAAUGAUAGUGGUCGAGUCUCUGCUGAAAAUAUGGCACAAGCAGGGCCACCGAGUGCUUCUCUUUUCUCAGUCACGACAGAUGCUGCAUAUACUCGAAGUAUUUCUCAGAGGGCAAAAGUAUUCCUAUCUAAAGAUGGAUGGUACCACUACAAUAGCUUCCAGGCAGCCACUUAUAACGAGAUACAAUGAGGACACUUCCAUUUUUGUGUUUCUUCUCACCACUCGCGUCGGUGGGAUCGGAGUCAACCUGACGGGAGCAAACAGGGUUAUCAUCUAUGAUCCUGACUGGAAUCCCAGUACAGACACACAGGCUCGAGAGCGUGCUUGGAGAAUAGGCCAGAAGAGGCAAGUGACUGUUUAUCGACUCCUUACUGCAGGAACCAUUGAAGAAAAAAUAUAUCACAGGCAAAUCUUCAAGCAGUUUUUAACCAACAGAGUUCUGAAAGAUCCAAAGCAAAGGCGUUUUUUCAAGUCCAAUGACCUUUACGAACUAUUCACCCUGAGCAAUCCUGAUGGCUCUCAAGGCACUGAAACCAGUGCUAUUUUUGCAGGUACGGGCUCAGAUGUUCCAGCACCUAAACGACAUUUAAAAAGGAAACUUCAGGGGCCUCCUGCUGGGUCUUGCCAAGAUCGGCGCCCGACGGAUCCCGAGUCUUCAGACGGCACCAAAGAACCGGUCCCCUCCCCAGCGAGACAGAGUAGGGCUCAUUCAUCCGCUCAGGAGACAGAAGUAAACUCAGAGGCUUUCCGUGCAGGCGGCCCGCUAAUAGUUGGAGCGCCAACUAAUACUAAUGGGCUUUCAGGAGAGAACAGCAAACAGACCGAUUUGGCGUCCGCCCUGGAAGACCGUGCACCAAUUCCAGAAGACGGAGAACAUUCAAGUCCCCCACGCCUUGGUGAAGCCCACGGGGCGUCCAGCGGCGGAAAGGCUGAAGAAGAACAGAACCUUCCCCGGGAUGGGACAGCUUCUCAGGUUAAACCGGAUGCGAAGUCAGAGAGCGAACGGGUUGAAAAUCAUUUUCAGAAACACAAGUCGAAAAUGAAACAUCACAUCGAGGAAGGAGAAGAGCCCCUCAAAUCUGAGGGUCGGGCACCUAGGCCGAAGAAGUCCAAACAUCCCAAAGAUGCCAAAUUUGAAGGCACACGCGUUCCUCACUUAGUGAAGCAGAAGCGGUACCGGAAAAGGGUCAGGGAAGAUGAGAAAGAGGAAGACGCCAAAAAGAAUGAUGAUUAUGUCUUGGAGAAACUUUUCAAAAAAUCAGUAGGGGUUCAUAGUAUCAUGAAGCAUGAUACAAUUAUGGACGCAUCCAACCCAGAUUUUGUGUUGGUGGAAGCAGAAGCCAGUCGAGUAGCCCAGGAUGCUUUGAGAGCCCUGAAGAUUUCACGGCAGCGAUGUUUAGGAGCAACCUCUGGAGUUCCCACGUGGACGGGAAGUAGUGGUCUUUCAGGUGCCCCAGCGGGAAUCAAAUUUGGUCAGAAAAGGAAUCCCACUUUGUCUGCUCCACAGAUUUCCUCCAAGUCUCCAAAAGGGAAAUGCAAGGAUGCAGACAUCCUCCAAAGAGAUGGGAAAAGUGUAUCUCAGGCACAUUUUAGUGGGACGGCAGAAGACGGAGAAGGUCCGUCCGGUCCUCUGGCUUCCUCUUCCCUCUUAGCGAAGAUGAGAGCUCGAAACCAUCUAAUCUUGCCCCAGAGAGCCGAGAGCGAGAGCGCCAGCGGGCCACGGGCUCCCGCCCCGUUGCCCGCCGCCACGGAACACGACGAACUGCUCGUGGACGUGAGGAACUUCAUCGCCUUCCAGGCCCGCGUGGACGGCCAGGCCAGCACUCAGGAGAUCCUAGGGGAAUUCGAAUCCAAGCUGUCGACGUCACAGUCCUGUGUCUUUCGAGAACUGUUGAGAAACCUGUGCACGUUCCACAGAGGCGUGAACGGCGAAGGGGUGUGGAAGCUGAAGCCGGAGUUCCGUUGAGCAGGCGGCCGGUUUUAGCGUCUGCCUCCGGGAUUUGACCGCGCGGCUUGCCGAAACUCUGAAUUCCUUUUUUUCUAAGAGGAAGUUCUGACUGUGAGGGCUUUCUACGUUCUAUAAGAUGAACACUGUACGGUUCCGGGGGGCGGGAAGAACCUGACUAUGGGACGGGGCUUCAUUUUUCACCUUGUCACAUCUACCUCAAUGGCCACUGAAAGGAAAAAAAGGCAUCUCCCCCAGCUUGCAAACAGCUUGACUAAGGUUAAUGAAAUAGAAUACAGGCGUUUUCAUUUGAUAUUGCAAUAAGAACCCUAUCUCCCUAGAGAUUCCGACGUUGUUCAGAGGUCCUUCGAUUUGUGCGUUUGGGGAGAGUGUCACAUUUACACAUUUACUGCUCAGUGUUUACACCUAAACUCAUGGAACGGAAUCUCGAGAAUCUUCCAAGUGUGAUUAUUUUUAUUUUUUUGAGGGGGGAGGUGUUGAAAACUUUGCACACUAUUCCUACUUAACGUAUUUAUAAUUGCCAGCUCUCAUUUGCUUGAUAUGCAAUUUUAAAAUGCUUUUUUAAAUCCUAUCUAGGAAAAAUUUACUGAUGACUUGUCUUAAUGAAAGUGAUUUUACUCUGAGCAUUGUAGAUCCUAUUACCGUCUUACCAGAUCUCCUCUGUGGGAUACGGACUGUUUUUCAGGGUUAAAGGAUAGGUUGUACCGAUAAUAAAGUAGAAUCUUUGUACAGUCCUUUCACUUAAGUGAUAGAAGCCACAUAGUUAGCUUCCUUAUGGAAGGAAGUAUCUCAAAGGAUUUUUGGACAGGGGUGUUCUUGAAUCUUGAACGUGUUAUCUCCUCACCAGGGUUUGGGCCAAAAAAAGGACGUAUUUCCAGGUCUUCACCUAACAACUGGGUGUCGUGAAGCUAAAACACAAGUACUGUAAAAGUUGAUAUACUUAGGGGUAUUAUUUUUACUAUUUGUAUAUAUGCAAAGUGUGUUUCUUUGGAACUCCUGGCAAAUAAUUUAAUGAGGUUUACUGACCUGCGGAGUUUGGGCAUCGUGAGUUCUAAGUAUUAUCAUUCCCGAUUUCUUUUUUUCCUUGAAAUCUGAUGUACAGUAAGUCUGUGAUUACCCUUUGCCUUCUCCCUUGGUAAACACUCAGAAUUUCUAUGGUAAGGGCCAAGUUGGUUGUUCUCAAUUCUGUCGCCGACUGUUCCCGUGGUCUCAGGCAAGUCACUAAAUUAUCUGUGCCUCUGUUUGUCCAUCUGCAAAAAUGACAGUGAAACCUCACUGAUAAAAUGUGAAGUUUAAAUCAGAUAUAGGUGCUGUAGGUGGUAAAGUAAAUAUUGUUUCAUAGCAGAAAGUUUAAGUCUGUUGGUAAGUAUUCCUGGGUGAUUUCUUUUUUAACUUAAAUAAAGACUCAAAAGUAAAAUUUAAAUGGA